AUGAUGAAGCGUCGUACAGGCGAGCGACACCCGGGUGCGGCGGCUGUGCGCAGUGUCAGCAGCUGUGGCGGCGGCGAGCUGGUGUGUGUGUCUGCGCGGGUGUCUACCACGCCCUUUCUCGACGAAGUCCACCAUCACAACCAUGGCGAGGAGCGUGACGACGAGACGGAGGUGACGUGCGUAGGGGUGGGGGCGGACAGUGCGUUUUCUUCUGCCGCACCUUCAGCGGCCCCCUCGAGCUGUCGGUGGAAUCGCUGUCUGCGACUCCCCUCCGUGCGUCCAUCCUUGUUAUCGUCACUGUGCGCGGCGCGGCGCGGCUGGACUCGGCUGCUCUCCUUGCGUCCUGUGUGUAGUGUCGCCUCUCGCUCCUCUGCACUGGCAUCAGCCCCAUCAUGGUGCGCAUCCCUCGCCCGCGCAGCUGCUCGCCUGCUUUGCAUGCCUGACAGGCCUCAGGCGGUGAGAGAUGCCGAUAAUCACGAGGCGUGCGACACGCAAGCCGUCGAGGGUGGCGGCCGUCACCACCGCAGCGGUCAGCGACGCCGCCACGAGACGCGAGCCACGUCCUUGACGCGGCUCCUGUGCCGUGCCGCCUUCAUCGGCGCCUCCUCGGUGGCUCUUCUUGUACUCUCUGUGAUGCUGCUGGAUAUCGUCCUAGGUGUAACUUUUCGAGUUCUGGGGAGCGACCUCAGUGGCGGGGGCCUCGACCAACUGGAGGAGUUGCAGGCUCCGUGGCUGGACUGCGACUGUGCCGGCAAGGACCUCAUCGGCGACGUCACGCUUGCCAACACGGUGUCGCCGUACGUGGCCCAAACGUUGGAGCGCCGCCUCGGCGUUGUUACGGUAGCCACGGAUGCAGGCUGCAGCAUCUGUGUGCCAUCGGCGGUGCGCAUCAGCGCUGCCGGGGAGCUGGUCGCGGUCGAAGACGAUGAGGGAAGCUCUCUUCAUGCUCUUUCCCGUCUUCGGCCGAUGGCGCCGCUGGUGCGUGCUGCACGGGGGUUGAUGGCCUACGGCUACGACGCCCUUGCCGACGUAGCCGCGGUUCUGUACCCCAGGUUGGCGAUGAUGGUGGUGUGGUGCCGUCACACGCACGGCGUCUCCGUCGAGCGGCAUCGUGUGUCGCAGCUCCGGCAGCGUCAGAACCGCGGUGUCGCUGGUGGUGCCGUCACGCGCGCGCUCACGGACGCGCCGCUGACGCCGCUCCUACCGCCCACGUCCCUGCUUGGCGUUCCCGACGGCCCCUGGGCAAACCUCAGCGCGGCGGUGGCGGCGGAGGCGGUGGUGGCGGUACCGUACAAGUCCAGCUUCCUUGUCGUGGCGGACCAAGCGGAAGCCCGUCUCGCGUGCGUCUUGCGGGCUCCGCUGAGUCGGCUGUUUCUGCACCGACAGGCGCUUCCGUGGAUGACCAUCGCGGCGGCCGCCCACCGCACACAGAAGGAGUGGCAGGCCGACCCAAGGGGUCGAGAGUCGCUCCUGCCGUUCCCAGUGCCACCCAGCGAGGAGGAACGGCGGCGUCUGCGGGACACUUCUCGGGGCGCGCUGCGCCACUCCGACGGCGACGGUGAGGCCCCUGAGAUCACCAUUGCCGUGACGGACCAGGCGAAGGCGUUUCACAGCUACCUCUGCACCGAUGUCCCCAACGUCUCCACAGCGGACGCCAUCUACCACCUCGAUCCGCUGCGUGCGUUGCUGCUGCGGCAAACGGACGCGUCUGCGAAGGAUCGGGCGAAGACCGCCGCACGGUGCACGGGGUGCGUAUUCCACUGCGUUCAUCCACGGCUGGCACGCAGGCACGGACGACGCGCUGCGCCAGCGGGCGCUCGAGGCGCUGCGGAGGACGGGAUUGAUGGUGGCAGCAGUGCCGAGCCUUUGUCGUGGGAUGUCGCGCUCGAGGACGUUGACGCUGGUCACGUUUACGUUACCACCGGCAGCAACGCCGCUGCUGGUGCGACGGUCACGGUGACGCGCGAGGAUCUGUUUACAUGCAAGGUGCUGAACCCAAUACGGGGCCUCGGCACGCCUAAACGUCGCGGGCACGAAGCCCAGGACGACACGAAUCGCGCGCUGCUGCUCUCGGUGGAUGUAUGGCUGUCCCACGCCGGGGGCGGAACGCCGCUGUUCUUCUCCAACAACACCGGCACUUCUCCGUGGCUACACAUGGACAACGGCAGCGGCGAGGCGUCCGUCGUGCGGUUGCUGCCGCUGCACACCGCUGCCAUCUAUGGAGAGUCGCUGCAGAGCUUCCCCAACUACGCAAUGCGACCGUCUUACUGGCUCCAGUACGAUGCCGUCUACCUACAAAACAAGGUACGGCGACCAGAUCGACUGUCGAGGCUGUUGGCCGUAGCCAGUCGUCGCCGUGGCGGCGGCGGGGCUGCGAAGCCGCGGACCGAGUUCGCCACAUGGACCGUGACGCACUACUACAUGCGCGACUUCCAGCUCGUCGUCCACCUGAACCAGCUGCGGCGUCAGCGGCUUCUGCUGAUGCGGCUGCAGGGAGAGCCGGCAAACGCCUCCGUGUCGGUAACGGCGCAGGACGCGCCUGUGGCGCUGCCGUGGGUACCGCGUCCGAGGCGUGGGGCUGCAAAGCCCGCGAUCGCCACUGGCGCGCUGGCGCGGCUUGCCUUUGAGGUGUUGCACGGUGCCGACCCGCUUCUGCUUCCGAUGCGCGGCGAGAACCUUCACGUGCCUCCUCUGCCCGUCUCCUGGAGCCCGCCGACGUCGGCGGAGUGGGGCAGCGGCCGACCGAUGAGUGUGGACGAUAGGCGGCUUCCGUUUUCGGGCACCACCGGCCGAAUUCCGGCGAUCGCGGUCGCCAUCAGCCACUGCUGGCACGGCCGCAUGUGGUGGCUAUCGGAGCUGUCUCGCUAUUAUCCGGUGCACAACUACGGCCGAUGCAUCAUACCGCCACCCGCGCCGUUGCCCGGCGACGCGACGCCGACGCGCGGCAUCCCGCAGCGAGCGCAUCUCUCCUUUCCAUCCGAGUGCGCCGUCGACGCUUUACGUCGGCACCACUACAGCGCACUGGCGUCCAUGCAAGCGACCUACGGGCGAGUCGGUGGCCGCCGCAGCACCAGCAGUGCGGCACGUCCCAUGUUCCAUGUCGGGCGUGAUCACGAGCUGCGCUGUGUCUUCCGCAAGUAUCGCUACGUCCUCGCCUUCGAGAACACGAUAGAGGACGACUACGUCACGGAGAAGGUGUACAAUGCCCUGCUGUCAGGUGCGCUGCCACUUUUCAUCGGGGCGAUGAACAUUGCAGACUACGUGCCGCGCGCAUCCAGCAGCGUGCCGUCGCGCGGCCUCUCCGUCAUCCCGGUGCUGCAGAUGUUCCCCCUCCUGAACGAGACGGCGUGGCGGACGGAGGAGCGCCGCGUGCUGGACCUGCUCGAGGAGGACGAGGCGGUGUCGAGGCACGUCUUGCGCACGCAUGCGGCGGUGCUGCAGGCGCGCUCGGCGUCCGCACAAGGCGCGGACGUGACGACAGGAAUGACCACUAAGCGCCGCGACGGCGCCAUUCGGAUGGCGAGGACGGUGGCGACGGCUCUGGAGGAGGUCGCGGCGCAGACGCCGCAUGCCGUCGCGAGCCAUCACUACCUUCUCUACCCCUCCCAAGAGACUGCCGUCCCAGCGGUGCCGACGGCCGACAACAACGAGUUACCGCAGGCCGUGCCGCACGGUGCCGGCUACUUGGGCAACUGCAGUUCAGACUCUGGCGCCGCUGUGCAGCCGUUCAUGUCUCCGAUCGGGGUGUGGCCGCCUGCGUCGGCGCUAACGCACCUCUGCCUACUUGACAAGGAGGCGGUCGUUACUGCCAACAAGAGCGGCGGUGCUGCUCCCCGGCCUGCCGCACUUCAGUCACCGUCUACGGACGCCUACUGCGUAGGCUACGGCCAGCGGGAGUACUUGCGACGUGUGCACACGGACGUGCGGGAGGCGGCGGAGGCUGCUGCGACGAUGUCGGCCAGAUUCUUGCGAACGACGGAGACCCUCCGCAGGACCCUGACCUCAUCGCCACCGCCGCGUCACGACGCUAAAGAUGCGCGUCGUCGUCGUCCUCCCGCAGUGGCGAAUGCGGGCCGAAGACCACUGCGCCGCGUGCGCUACCAGUAUGACGAGGACUGGGUGUUGACCGCCAACACUGCGUGGGGCUUCAGCGUGGAUGUGAACUGCACCGCUCGCCAGAGCCGCCGCAGCGGCGCGACCACGGAGUAUUUGCCGCGGGCGGUGCAGCGAUUUCAGGAGGCACCCGACACGACGCCGGCACAGCAGGACUACAACACACCGGGGGACAUGUACUCACAGUACUUCCACCGCCGCAGCGUCCCGCCGACGCUGGCGUACGAACGUGAGCUGGCGGCGACUGCGGCGCCGGCAGGGAGUCGAGACGCACCGCCACCGCCACCGAUGAGCGGGUUUGCGCAGCUCGCGGCGUACCUGCGCUCCCUCGACGCGGAUCCGACGCUCGUCGAGGAAGCCGGCUACUUCGACUGGUGGCGUGCGGAGCGCAUGGAGGAUUACGGUGACGCGUUCCUCAGCAAGCUGUACAUGCCGCACCCGGUCUGCUCCAUCUGCGCGGCGGCACUGGAGAAGAAAGUGCAGUCGCGGGCUUCAGGGGGCGCCUAA